AUGCGUCCCGAAGCCGCUGCCGCAGAGCUGCGACGGCUUCUCCCACUGUUGUCGUUCGCUGGUAGAAGAACCGGUGCAGCCACGCAUUCAGUGGCGUCGCUGAUCGUGUCCACAGCGUACUCGGCUACAGCAGCACGGUCGGUGACGAACCACUCACGCGACUGCCCUGUCCUCUCGAAGAAACUGCCGUUGCCGCUCAUUGGGAAAGAAUCCAGCUUUGCGGCGCGACCGUGUCUGAACUGCGUGCGCGAGCGCGUGCACUACGUUUCCUCUUUGUCUUUCUGUGAUUAUUUCGAGAAGAAGUGUGCGGAAGCGCAACACUACCGGAACGGGGCAUCCAGCAACGGCGUCGUUGGUACUGCAGCGCUUCCAAAGCUCUUGCUAGAGGCGAUUGAACGCAGCUACGGGUCUGUCGCUGCGUUCAAGGAUAGUGUGAUGCUUCAUUCAACAGGCGCCAUGAGCCCUGGGCGACUGUGGAUCGUGUACACCCCUCCUAUCAGCGGUAGCGAACAUGGUGCUGUGCGCCUGCUGAACCUUCCAGCUUGCAAGGUUCCCCUGGUACACGGUCUCUGGCCGCUUGCUGUGAUUAACAUGACAGAGAAGCGCUUGUGUGAACAGAUUGCAUGUCGCUCUGGAAAAGGUGGCGACGCCGUCGAUGCUGAUGACGCUCCUGCAUGGCGCCACGCGGCUCGUACGCGUAAGACAUUAGGUGCGCUUGCAACAACAGAGGAGGGAAAUGAUCGAGCAGGGAACGUGGCGCAAGUAAAGCUCUCUUCCAUUCAAUCUGCCAUCGCAGAGGAAGCACUAUGCGCAAUGAACUGGAAAUUUGUUGAAACGCAGCUCACGUCUGCGUUAGCUUACUACAGCUCCAAGGAGCGCACCCAAACACAGCGUGAGCAUCGAAAAGAAAAAGAGCAUGUUGCGGCAGUGCGGGCAAUGAGCCAGCUGAAAAACAGCGGCGCAGUGAUUCAUGCGACGGACUCGGUGACAAUCACAUCUUCGAACUCAUUUGUCGCAUCGUCAGCAAGCGAACCGAACCUUUCAGCUGCCGCGGCUGUGACGUCAUCUUCAGCAAAGGCAGAGAACAGCGCGCUAGGAGAAGCCAAUACUCAAACAGCUGCAGUGGCGGCCCCUAGCGCGGAGGCAACCGCCGCAAACACUGCCUCUAACUCUGCGCAGCCAGCUGACAACACAGCAACAGGCGCCGCCGCUGCAGAACCACGCGCUGUGCAGCAGGCGGAUGGAACGUGGGAGUACCACUACAACAACGGGAGCGUGACAAAGGCUCUCCCCGACGGCACCAAGGUAUUCCAAACGGAGAGUUUGACAACGACAGUGUUUGUGAACGGUGACACGCUUUUCGAGUACCCAAACAACACUUCGAUUUUAGAUCGCGCGGAUGGUGUGCGCGUGAUAACUUAUGCCGACGGCACGAAAAAGGAGGAGCGACUCAAGUGA